AUGGCUAAUGAUCGUGUUCAUGAGGAAAUUAUUGUAACGGAAAAAGAGAAGGAUAAUAGUAGAGAGGAGAUUAAUAGUUCAAGAAUGUUGUCACGAGAUGCAAUUUCAAAGUAUUUUUACAUGCCAAUUACUCGAGCAGCAAAGGAGCUCAAUAUUGGGUUGACACUUUUGAAGAAAAGAUGUAGGGAUUUAGGAAUUAGAAGGUGGCCUCACAGGAAGUUGAUGAGUCUUCAAACAUUAAUCAAGAAUGUUAAGGAAUUGGAGAAGGUAGGAGGAAAUGGUAUGGAACAAAAGUUGAAGGAUGUGAUAAAGCUAUUAGAGAAAGAGAAGAGGAAGAUGGAAGAAAUACCAGACAUGGAACUUGAGGAGAAAACAAAGAGGUUAAGGCAAGCUUGCUUUAAGGCUAACUACAAGAGGAGAAGACUGAUGUGUAUGCCAGAAUUACAGGCUUCUUUUGGUAGUUAUUGCACUACUUCUACUCCUUCUGCUGAUGAUAAUGUUGCUUAUGGUGAAGAAGAUGAUGAAGAGAUUAAGUCUCUUCUUGCUGAUUGUUUCUCUAACAAUAGUCCAACCUUGCAUGACUGA